AUGGAUUCACUGAUGAUCUCAUUGACAGGAAAAACCUGUGGGAUUGGAAUCCAUCCAACUGCCGGAUUUUUCUGCGUGAGAGAACAAGGCACAAACGGAAGUCCUUUCGGAAGUGAUUAUAUGCUCGUUACAGCUGGAUUUGUUAUUUCUCUGACCCUCGUUUUUCCUUUGGGUAUCAUGGAACUUGUUGACAAUAUCAAAGUUCAAAUUGCUUCUUUCAUGAUACUAUUGUUCACUUUCAUAUCUUGGCUGAUCACAUUUAUGGUUCGUGGACUUAAUAAAGAUCUUGUUCCUAUUGUGGGUUCUGACGAGAGUCGGGUUGUUGGUGCGGUGUUGUUCAAUUAUGCAUUUAUCACAACAGUACCAAGUUGGAUUAAUGAGAUUAAUCCCACGGUUUCAAUUCGUAAAUCGAUCUGGUACUCGAUAGCAAUUUCAACUGUUCUAUAUGUUUCCUUGGGGAUCUUUGGAGGAAUGUCAUUUUAUAUGGAUCCAUCUUCAAACAUUAUAGCUGUCAUCAAUAGUUCCUCACAACGAUCCAUUGUGAAUAAUAUUACGACUUAUCUAUUUCCUCUGGCCGCUUUAAUAUCAAGUAUUCCAGUGUAUACAAUUAUUGUGCGAUAUAAUCUGACCAACGAUAAUUUUUGUAACAACAUCACCGCCACUCUCUUGUCAAACUUCUUACCUUGGAUUAUCAUUAUACCAUUCCAAACAGGAUCUUGGCUUAAUGAGUUCAUGAAUUGGACGAGUCUGAUUUUUUCUACUAUUAGUAAUUUCAUCAUUCCGUUUUGGUUGUAUUACAUCAGCCGAAAUCAAAAACAUCUAAAAAGUGACGAGGAUAUUGCAUCGAAAGUUGUCACGUCUGAUGACAUUUCUGUAAAGGCAAAGAACCUUGAAAGAAAGUUAUCCCUUAUAUCCGAUACAAUUUCAAUAAAAAGUGUUUUCCUAACGUUGGCCGAUGAAGAAUUGUCUGUUCGUUCUAAAGCAAAUGACAAUAGUAAUUUGCUAUCACCACCAAUUGUGAUUAGACCACCUUCACCGGGAGUAGAGCAAAACACGGGUUAUAAUCAUACUGAUUUGCGCUUAUCUCCAAGCACUACUCCAAGGCGAAGACGAUCUCGAGAUUCCACACAGUCAAGAAUCCCAAAGCUAGAUGAAAAAGAAUCGAAUGACGACAUAGUGGUUGUGAUUAAUACCGCUAUCAGUCCAAAACAAACGGACUCACCAAUAUACUGUAGUAGCCCAAUACAAUUGGAACCAUCUGUAUUAAGUAGCAGUCCCAAGGAAUUUGAACCACAAACAUUUUUAAGCGUACAAGUACCUCAGAUUCAAAAUCCACGCCAUAUAUCAGGUAGUGACGGCGGUGGAAAUAACGAUGCAGGAAGUCCCGUAUGUUCAACGCCGGCUACCUCAACAACGACCGAUUUAAAUCAAGGGCGACACUUAUCGGCACGACCCUCGUUAAUGUCCCGAACUAGUUUUGGCCGUAAGAAGUCACCAUCUCGGCCAACAAUAGUAAUAACACCCCCCAUAUAUAUAAGUGAUGAAAACAACAACAUAUCGGCAGACGCUCAUUGUGAAACUCAUAGUUUAUCUAUAAAUUCCGUUCAUUCAAGUCCUAACACAAAUUGUCCUCCAUCGCCGAUAUCAAUGUACGAAGAAUUUUAUGCUCCAUCAAUUCAAAAAAGCAAUGUCACUAGUCUUUCGGAGACGGACAAUAAUAUGGGAGUCAAUAAUAAACCUGGUGAAGUUUUUAAAGCAAUUCCCUGGCUGUCAGCAGAGAAUGGGUUAAAGCUAGCCGUCGGAUGUGGUUGUACGGCAAUCAUAAUGAUUGGGGGAAGUUUGAUAUAUGAUUUUGUGGCUUUGGCAAUGGGUAAUAACGUGUUUGGAUAG